ACACACACAGCAGCAUAGGAGAGAGAUAAACACAGUAGACACACACAAAACAGGAGUGUGUGUGAUUAUAAUCUGAUUCACAUUGCAAGAAUGAGCGAGCUUGUGGAAAUGAACUCAAGCCCGGUAGUCGCAAACCCACCAUCACAAUUACAUAUUAUUCAAUCAGCUUCUUCAACUCCAUCACCACAUCUAAAUGAACACUCCAUUCCAAAGACCCCUAAAAGCCCGUUUUCCGGCAUUAUGACACCAUUGGCCAGCCCCAUGAAGAAGGCCAUCGCCAGCAUGCAUACUUACCUGGAAGAAGUCGGCCAUCUCACCAAGCUCGAUCCUCAGGAUUCAUGGCUUCCCAUAACUGAGUCCCGGAAUGGGAAUGCCUAUUACGCCGCUUUUCACACCCUCAGCUCCGGGAUCGGAUUCCAGGCUCUUCUUCUUCCUCUUGCUUUUACCACACUUGGUUGGGUUUGGGGAAUCAUAAGCCUGUCUUUGGCUUUUGUAUGGCAAUUAUACACUUUAUGGUUACUGAUUCAACUCCAUGAAUCCGUUCCUGGGACGCGAUACAGUCGAUACCUCAGGCUUUCAAUGGUUGCUUUUGGGGAAAGGCUGGGAAAGAUACUGGCCCUGUUUCCAACUCUGUAUUUAGCAGGUGGAACCUGUGUUAGCCUGAUAAUGAUGGGAGGAAGCACACUGAAAAUCUUCUUCCACACUGUGUGUGGUACAACUUGCAAUGCCAAUUCGCUGUCGACUGUGGAGUGGUACAUAGUUUUCGUGUGCUCAGCGAUCAUCUUGACUCAGCUUCCCAACCUGAACUCCAUCGCCGGAGUUUCUCUGAUUGGUGCAACCACGGCAGUCACAUACUGUACUCUAACAUGGGUGCUGUCUGUCUCCAAGAUUAGGCCAAUGGGUGUAUCAUACGAGCCCGUGAGGACAAAAUCCGAUGUCGGGAACAUUUGCAGCGUUUUGAAUGCUCUUGGUAUCAUUGCGUUUGCUUUUAGGGGCCACAACCUUGUCUUAGAAAUUCAGGGAACGAUGCCUUCAACUGUAAAGAAUCCAUCAAGUGUGCCAAUGUGGAAGGGAGUGAAAUUUUCAUAUCUGAUCAUCGCAUGCUGCUUGUUUCCAAUGGCUGUAGGGGGUUAUUGGGCGUAUGGAAAUUUGAUACCAGCAAACGGAGGGCUAUUGAGUGCAUUGGAUGAAUAUCACAGGAACGAUACAUCAAGGGUGAUUUUGGGUUUAACAAGCCUCUUUGUUGUGAUCAACUGCCUUACUUCAUUCCAGAUAUAUGCGAUGCCAGCCUUUGACAAUCUGGAGUUCAGAUACACCAGCAACAAGAAUGGGCCAUGCCCUUGGUGGCUUAGAACAGGGAUUAGAGUAUUUUAUGGCUGCCUCACGUUCUUCAUAUCUGUUGCACUCCCAUUCUUGAAAAGCCUGGCGGGGUUGAUUGGAGGGAUCGCCUUACCUGUCACUCUUGCAUAUCCCUGCUUGAUGUGGAUUAGGAUCAAGAAACCCCAGAAGUUUAGUUCAAUGUGGUGGUUAAAUUGGUUGCUUGGAUCUAUUGGAAUGAUCUUGAGUGUGCUGCUAGUGUUUGGAGCAAUAUGGACUAUAGCAACACAAGGAAUUCCGAUCCACUUCUUCAAGCCAGAAUAAGCAAAGCAGAUGAAACAAGGGGGAAUUUGCUGCAGUUGCUAUAAAGACAUGCAAAACUGUAGUGAAAUCAGGA